AUGCACUUCAUAAUUCAGAAUAUUGAGAAGACAGCUCUGCUCUCUGAGCAUGUUAAUUUACUUAUCACUGAGAUAGAAUCUGAGACAGCAGAUCAGCAAAUGCAGGAUUUUGAGAUACAGAAUGAUCUGACUGAGAGAGAGCAGCAGAAACCCUCUUCUAAGAAGAUAGCAGAGAGAGAUUUUGAGAUGAUUAUCAUCUCAGAUGAGAAACAGAAGAAGAAGAAGAAUGAGAAGUGA